AUCUUUUAAAUGCCGAUAUUAAUUUUCUUGCCCCAAUUUUGCCAAAUUUUAUUUUCGACGACCAAGGAGAAAUGGCGAGUGAAGAAGCUAAUCACCAUAACGACGUCGUUCCUGCCGACCUCCCUGCUCCCUCCGGCUGGUCAAAGAAGUUUGCUCCAAAGAAAAGCGGCACCCCUCAAAGGAAUGAAGUUGUUUUUGUAUCCCCGACUGGUGAGGAGAUCAAGAGUAAGAGACAGCUGGAGCAGUACCUCAAGUCUCAUCCAGGAGGACCGUCAACCUCUGAAUUCGACUGGAGUAAAGGUGAUACUCCUAGGCGUUCUGCGAGAUUGAGUGAGAAGUCUAAGGAAGUCACUGCCGCCCCUACAAGUCAAUCUCCCAAGAAAAAGCAAAAGAGAUCCGCCACAAAGGCGGCCGUAGAGAAGAGCAAUGCUGACGCAGAAGAGGACGAAGCCACGGGUGAGAAAGAUGCCACUGCUGAAGAAACUAAAGACCCUCUAGAAACCCCUACUGCCGGUGCCAAAGACGCCAUGGAUGAAGACCUCAUUGCAGGAAGCGAAGAUGCACAGAAGAAACCAGACACGGAGGAAUCUCCAGCCGGUGCUGAGGAUCCCAACAACGCAUCUACCGUCGUGCAGGAGCCAAAGGCAGAGGAAUAUAAGGAGGCGCCCGAUGCUGAGAACCAAGGAGCUGAGGACUCAGGAAGCGGUGGAAAGGACACUCUGGAAGAGGCAAAGGUGGAUACGGAGGUGGGUCUUUCGGAUACGAAGGAGAAAGAAGCAGACGAGAAGGAAGAGGCGGUGUUGAAAGAGCCCACAACAGGUAGUUGAGGCAUGGGGUUGAAAUUCUUUUUUUUGUGCCUGAGCUAGAGAUGCUAACUGGUGAUUGUAGAUCUGCUCUAGAAAAUAACCCUUAGGAAUUCUUGUACCAAAUGACUAUUAUGAAUUCUCUUGUCUUCAUAUUCCUUUGGGUGAUGGUCUGUGUGGGUAUUAAUGAUUAUGAGAUUCUUAAUUCAGGUUCA